AUGCACCCGUGGCUGGGGGAAACUACACCUCCCAGCGUGCACCGCGUCCGCCUCGAGGAAAGCUGCACCUCCCAGCGUGCACCGCGGCCGCCGUCAGGAAAAACAAACAAACUACACCUCCCAGCGUACAUCGCGGCCGGCCCACGGGACACCGGGGUGGGGGGAGCGCUUUCGGCCUCCAGGAUGCACCGCGGUGGAGCCCCUCGGUCCAGCAGCUGCGCUGGCGCGGAGCCGGGUUUUGAGAUGUCUAAAAAGAAACCCAAAAAAUCUAGCCGGGAGGAUGGUUUGGAUGACUUGGACAGCAAAAAAUCCGGGGGGACAGGAAUUUCUAAUAGUCUUAAAAAAGAGAAGCUAGAAUUUCAAAGAUUCAAAGUCGAUAAUAGUGUGAAAGAGAAGCAAAACCAAAGUUCUGUUUCACAAAGCACUGAUGAAAGAUUCCAGAGCGAGUCUUCAAACAGUACCAAAACCACCAAUGAUUCUUCAAUCCUAUCUGGGAAGCGUGGGAAGAUAACUAUACAAUUUAAGCAUAAAGACACUAAACAUGAAAAAAAUGCCUGUGAUUCUGGUGUGGUCCCUGAUAGCAAGAAAAGCUGUAACAAAGACCGGCACUUUGAGGGAAGAGGAGAGAGAAAGAUACGGCCUAGUUUUGCUGUCCAAAAGGACAAGCUAAUGAAGAAGAAGAAGAAGAAGAAGAAAGAGAAAGCUGAGCUCAAUAAACUGAAGGCUAGAGUUGAGCAGACUAUGUUGGAAAAGUUCACGACUGCUACAUGCCAGCCUCAUCUACUAAGAAAGAAGUCUCACAGCUCAAAAAAAUGCAGUGAUGAUUUCAGAAUUCCAAAAAAGUCUUCUACCUUUCCAGAGGCUAAGGUUGAUGGCCCCCCCAGUAAUGCAUCGGGCUCAUCCUUUAUGAUAUGUAAGGAAGAAGGUCUAGGAAGCUGCAAAGAAUUAUCUAACAAAAAUCAUAAUGCCAUUAAAUAUAAACCAUCAUGUUAUUCAACUGAAAUACCUAAACGAUGGGAAUAUCAUAAGCAGACAAAACAGCAGGCUGAGUCCAACAAAACUGCUGGUACUUCAAAGACUGAAAAAAGGAACCUUGAAGUUAAACCAUUACACUUAAAACAGAGCUUUGAAGUUCCAUGUUCUUCUGCCUCCCCUGAAGCCAGUCAGAAUUCAGAGACAGACCAAGAGAUGCAGAUAAUAGAAGACUUGCAUGCUGCUCGUAUUGACAGAAAGAUGGUUUUGCCAGUUGUACAGACUUGUGGAGAGCUAACCAGUAUGGAAAUAGAUCUUCCAGAACAAGAUGCAAAUAUUUCUGCUGCAGAUAUGACUUCUGGUUUGAACCUUUUGAUAGUGAUUGACACCAACAUAAUGAUUAGUCAUCUUAAGUUUAUCAGGACUCUGAAAACUGAAGAUAUACCAGGGGUUGGCAGACUUGCAUUGAUAAUUCCCUGGGUGGUUCUACAAGAGCUGGACAACUUGAAGAAAGGGAAGAUGGUCCAACAUGUUCGAGACAAAGCUAUCCCUGCAGUUCAGUUCAUCUACACUUGUCUCAAAAACCAAGAUUCAAAGUUGUGGGGACAAUCUAUGCAGCUUGCUUCUCAAAAAAUAUAUGGCUUGAGUGAUGAAAACAAUGAUGAUCGUGUUUUGCAAUGCUGUCUGCAGUAUCGUAGCCUCUUCCCUCAAGCUGUUGUCAUACUGUGCACGGAUGAUAAAAAUUUGUGCAACAAAGCUCUGGUGAGUGAAGUCAAGGCAUUAUGCAAAACAGAUUUGGUUGCUGCACUCCGGAACCUCAAUGCGAACAAUCUGAAUAGCCAUCAGGACAUUCCACAGCAGUCAGAAACUGAUGCUGUUUCCCAGGAAGCAAAGAAAGAUUGUAAUCUUCCUGAUCCAUUCUCAAGCAUCAUUCUUAACCUUGAAAAAAGCUUAGGGGAAGCUUUGUCUUCUAUUUUGGAGACUGAAAUGAAAAUCGCCUUUGGAAACCUUUGGAUGGAGAUACUGUACCUGAAACCCCCAUGGACACUAGCAGACUUGCUACAGUGCUAUAAAAAACAUUGGUUUGCUGUAUUUGGACAGGUUGUGCCAAGGAGAUUAUUUGCAACUAUUGAAUACCUGCACAAUCAUCUUUGUAAGGGUAAGAAUCUUAUGCGACUUCUGUUCUUGAGGCUUGUUACUUUUACCUUCUGUAAAACUAUUUCAUUUUCCAUGUUAAUACCUUUACCAGGAAAAAUGAUUGAUUCCUUAAUAGCUGGUACCCUGCUCCGGGAAUCCAAAAAACUAUUACAUGCUUUCAGCUCAAGAUCAGACUAUGAUGGUGUACUUCCCCAGGCUUUUACCCAGGUGAAUAAACUGCUUCAGUCACUUGAAGAGGUAAGCUGCAUGUCAUUAUAUAUUGGCCUAAAACAAAUUUUAGAUUUGUUGAGAACUCACACUACAAACUACCUCAGCGAGCAGGUGCUUAUAAACUGCAGCAACGGCACCGCUUAUUGCUUCAUCUUCUUUGGCUCCACAUCUGCAGCCCUGGUUUAUAAUUGUCAGAGAUUCUCAGCACUUUUCUGUGUAAAAACACUUAGAAUAAUUAGCUCCUUACGACAUCUAUUUUAUGAUCAUCUUUUUCAUAAGGAUGGGUCAGAUCAUAACCAUAAGUCAGAAGCCCCUGAAGAUGUUUCAGAAAAUGCUGCAUGUGAAAAAAUGGAAGAUGUGACACUACACCAGCAGACUUGUGAAGAAGGCAAAUCAUUGUCAGAUGCCCAGCUCGCCCGAGAUAACAGACAUCUGCAAAUCUGGUCCGUGCUUGAAAGUGUGUGGAAUACGAUAAACCUGUACAGUAUCGACAUUUUCCAGAAGUUGAACCCAAGUAUUAUCAGCACCAUUGCAAAGACAUUGUUUGAAGAAGCUUUCUUAGGUCUACAGAAAUUGAUGGCAGCUGUGAAUGAUAUUCUUGAAGGCAUUCGUAGAAUCUUGACUCCAAACAGCAAUUUUGAAGAUAUUUGGACUCUCUAUAACUUCCUAAACAGUAAUGAGAUAAACAGCAGCAUAAAAUUUACUGCUGAGGAACUCUAUGACUGUGUUUCACAAGAAGUAUACAGAGAGAGGUUAACAGUUGGAUGCUAUCAACUAGCUCAGCUGGAAGCUGCUAUUAAACAGUGCAACACAUCUGUCCACAUAGAGGUGAAGAACAGAGGCUGGCUGUGACUACAGUUCACUGACUACAGGCUUUGGGCUACAAUGUUCUCUCCCUUCUCUUUCAAAUCUCUCUGCUCUUUGUUUGAAAAGAAUGGAAAAUAUUUUUGUUAGUAGAACAACGUCUAGUCCAGUUUUUUUUUUGUUGUUUUUUUUUUUAAACAGGACCAUGAGAAAAAGUCGUAUAUUUGAGGCAACUCCUGGAACUAGCUGAGCAGAAAUAGGGGAUUUUGUUGCUGGUCAUCAGACAUAGAGCAUUGAUUUUCCGAAUUUCCUUAAGAACUUGUCUGAGUUCAUGAUGCAAUGUUAAAAGGUGCCUUUGAGAUACAACUUGGCAUACAAAAUUCUGUUAAACUACUUGUUUAAAUAUGUAAAUUCCAAAAAUAAUCAGUUGAUGCUUUUUCAUAUUUCUAGGACCCGCAUGUCACUGAAACUUUAGUACAAAGGACCACAACAUAAGUUUAACUCCUUUUUGUUAUAAAGAACAAGAUCACAUGUAUGGUGCAAGAUCUAAUGAGACCAUAGGCCCAACGUGUAAAACACCAGUGUUACAGGUUAAUGUUUCAUUUUAUGCCAAAGCCAUGCUACUUGCUACCUAUUAUACAUUAGAGGACAACCUUUCACUUUAGCUUUCCGCUAUCACACUUAACUAAAUUACCUUUUUUCCCCAUGAAUGCUUUGAACUUUCACCUUGACUUAGGAUCCUAUCUUCAGCUACAGUAAAGUGGUAAUCUCUUGUGCUGUUAGAUCAUGUAGGCAAAAUUAAAGAGGGGACAAAGGAUAGAAAAACAAGGUGUGGUCAGUCUCAAAAUGAUGUUCUUUUUCUCAAUUUUAAAAUGUAUUAACGAAUUGUCCAGAAUACUAAGUCUGUCAUUUCUUGUGUGCAUUGGCCUCAGACUGAUGCAGAUCUUUAUCCCCUAUUUCACCCACAAUUGAAUAUCAGAUUUUUUACAUUCAAUUUCAGAUGCGUAGGUUGAGGGUUAAGCAGGCCUACUGGUAAGAGCAUGCAUGCUAUUAAUACAUAGCAGGUGGUAGAGACCCACUUUCCAGUACUGCGUGGGAACUUUUGCCUGUGCAAGAGAAAUGGGUUUUAAUAACUUACCCUGUGACUCCUUAAGUCAAGUCUUAUUAGGCAUCCAGUGCAAUGCCUAGCAUGGUGGUAAUUUGUCAUGGAAAAGUCUUCCCCCUUCCAGUUCAUCUUGUUUUAAGGACACAAAUUCUUUUAACUUUGCAGUUUACCUUCAGAUGAUUUGCCUUAUUGCCUUUUAGUGUCUUUGAAUAUCAGGUGAGAACUUUCUGAAAAUGAUUUUGAAUGAAAUUUCUCUAAAACCACUUAAUUUAAACACAAGGUGUUACUUUUGGCCGUUAAAGCUACCUCUGUAUUUGUUUUUUGUAUAGAGAUGACAGAUGCAAUGUAUAAUUGUAUCAGUUAUUUUGAUAUUUUAAUUCUUAAAUGGUUUUGUAAAAUCUUUAUUGGAAAAAUAUAUUUAUUAAGAGUAUGUAAAUAAACUACUGUAAAUUCUAA